UUGCAAUUUUGACGUCUUGGUCUGUGGUUUUGGUUUCGAUUGUUUACAAUUUUUUGGUGUACGUGUAACUUUUGUAUUUGAUAUUCGUCCAACAUGACUUUAUUAGUGGUUACUUUCUUUGAAAAAAAUAAUUCCACAUAUUACGUGUCUUUCUAACCAAGGGACUGGAACGUCGACAAAAAAUAGUUUUCAUUGAAAAACGCUGAAUUCUGUUCAUAGCACUCUAUUUUGUAGCACAAAUUAAAUUUAAAGUAAGAGUAUUCCUUUAAUAAGCAAAUAUGCUUAAGGUUAAGAGUGAAGUUCGAUUUAUUUUCUACGCAAGUUCCAUAUUCAUAUGCUAUUUCGUGUUUGGCAUGUUACAAGAGAAAAUAACAAGAGGAAAGUAUGGGGUCAGCGAUAAGUAUACAUGUUCGCUCACGCUUGUGUUAAUCCAAUGUGUGGUGAACUACAUAUUUGCCCAAAUAUUAAUGUUGUCGUGGAACCAUGAAAAGGACACAACUAGAAAGAUGUACUACUUUGCCUCAGCGCUGACAUAUUUAUUAGCAAUGGUGUGCUCUGUGAUGGCACUACAGUAUAUUAACUACCCCACUCAGGUUGUUGGUAAAGCUGCAAAACCUAUUCCUGUCAUGAUCCUAGGUGUUCUAAUAGGACGCAAAGUGUAUCCACUGAAGAAGUAUUUAUUUGUCUUCCUUAUUGUUGUUGGAAUCGUCAUGUUUAUGUACAAAGACCAAGGAAAGAAAGCAAUUAAUGAUGAUUCUCAAGGAGUGGGAAUCGGAGAAGUGUUACUGAUUCUGUCCUUGACCAUGGAUGGCUUAACUGGAGCUGUUCAGGAAAGAAUAAAAAGUGAGUCGGCGCCUACAGCGUAUUCUAUGAUGCUCAACACGAAUUGGUGGUCAUCAAUAAUCAUUACUGUGGGCGUGAUUCUAAGUGGCGAAAUCUUGGAAUUUUGGACAUUUGUCAGCAAGUACCCUGAAGUUAUCAUCUAUAUAAUUAGCUUCGCCCUCACGGGUGCUCUGGGGCAACUCUUCAUAUUUUACAUGGUAGCGGAGUUUGGUCCUCUCCCGUGUGCAGUAGUAACGACAACGAGAAAGUUCUUUACUGUACUCGCGUCUGUUAUUAUAUUUGGAAAUGUGUUAUUAGCACGGCAGUGGCUUGGGGCCAUUUUAGUAUUUACUGGUCUAUUUUUAGACAUCUUCUAUAAUAAAGGAAAAGCUCAGUCAGCAAAGAAAGAACAAAUUAAAUGACUGCAGAAUGACGGUGAUCGUAUACCCAAAGACGACACGCAAGAGGCGCUACAGCCGCAAAAUGUCCACGCAACGCAAACUUCAGUACUGUAAAUA